AUGUCCCCAGACACUCUUAUAAAAUGUUUAUAUUGUGGACUCGUGAAAUUUGGAUGUGAAAUGACAAAAGUUCCGAUACACAAUAAAAAGCUAUUGAAAAAAUGGAUCGAGAGACUCGGCGAAGAAUUUGCUAAAAAUGUCAAACAGGCAAUCGUAGACUCUUCGAAACACAUGCAUAUUUGUCGAUAUCAUUUUGAUCCAAAACAUGGAAGGGCAUCUAGAAAAAUAAACUGGUGGGUACUUCCGAUUGCGAAUAAAGAUUGUGAGUUUAUUGUGUUCAACUUUUUUUAAAUGUAUAAUAGUAUUUUUCAGAUUAUAAGCCGUGCAGUGCAAACGAAAGAAAUGUAAGUUGACACGAAUUAGCAAUUUGGGAUAAAUCUAGGACUUUUUUGAACUAUUAGCCCUCGCGCUCCAGAAAUCAAUAAGUGUCGAAAUUCAAAAUGAAUUUUCCAAGCAAAAUCUAUUGAUAUUUAGAAAGCAGUUCCUAUUGUUGCGGAACCGAUGAAAUAUUGUUCUCGUCGAAGUUGUAAAGUUGCUAAUGAGGAUCUAAAAAUAAAAUGUGUAUAUUGUCAAAGAAAGAAAGUAUAUUCAAAAAUGACAAGUGUUCCAUUAAAAGAACGGAAAUUGAAAGAAUGGAUUGCUAUUCUUGGAGAUUGUUUUGCUGAAAAUGUCAAGCGAAAUGGUUUUCAAUCUUAUAUUUGUUUGUCACAUUUUAAUCUUCCACCUGGAUCGACAAGAAGACGACACGAUGUUCCGGUUGCGAAUAUGGAUACCUGUUAGUUUUUUUCAAAAUUUUAUUUCACAAUCAUCCAAUUUUUCAGUACCACCGGAUUCCGACGAAGAUUUAACAGAUCCAAAUCUUCCGUCGACUUCGAAUUCGAAUCCAAACAUUUCUUUGUCUCCGAAUGUUGACACUUCUCUGAAUACAAUGAGAGUAUUAAAUGAACUUGGCCAAGCAGCAAAUUUUCUAUAUUUUCAAGAAUACCUGUCACGACAAGCCUUCCUGAACAGGGUGAGUUUUCAUUAUAUUCAGAAUAAAAUCAAUCAAUAUAUAUUUAGACCAACAUUCCUUCAACUUCAAAUUUUGCCAAUAAUCAACGUUUCUUUCCAUUUGUUUUUCGCUUGCCAACAAAUCCACCAAUACAAACUAACUUUCCUUCGGCUUCAAACUUCGCGAUUUCUCAAAAUGUUAGUGCUUCUUUAUCAGGAACUAUUCAAGCAGAAAUCAAUCAAAAUAUGAACCAAAAUCGCCCAAAUUUGGUGAGCAGAGAAGUGAGUUAGCUUAAAUUUGAAAUUUUAUUUGUAAAUUAAACCCAAUUAAUAUUUAGGUCAGCGUUCCUUCGAAUCCAAAUUCUGCAAAUAAUCGAAGUUCAGAUCCACAUGGUCAAUUUUCUAUUGCAAGAAUUUUACCGCAAAUCGUUGCCUCGGAUAACGUUCCAGAUAAUAUCCCAGGUUCGAAUUUUUUUCCAAGCCGUUUUGAAAAAAAAAUGAAUUUUCAGCAGAAACUGCCCCAACUGAAAUGAACCAAAAUAUUGGACAAGAUGAACCAUUGAAUGUUUCUGCACAACAUCAAGCUAAUGAUGACAAAAAUCCGAAAAAUCGAAGAGGGAGACCAAGUAAAAAAAUUCGUGAUUAUGAUCCAAAGCUUUGUGCAUAUUGUGAAAAAAUGAAAGGGUGUAAAAAAAGGAGAUAUGUUCCACAAAAUGAAACAGGAUUGAAUAAAUGGAUUGCAAUUCUUGGCGAACGUUUUGAAGCGAAUGUCAAAAAAAGGCCUAUAAGUUAUAUUUGUUCGUCACAUUUUGAACUUGAACCUGGAAAGACGAAAAUACAACAUGGACAACUUCCGGUGGCGAAUUGUGAGUUUUUUGUGGCCACACCUCGUCCAAUCUUUUUUUUUUCAGCCAUCACAGAUUCCGACGAUGAUGACAUAAGAAAAGGGAGACCAAGGAAGAAAAUUAAUGAAGAGGUAAGAAGUCUGCUAUGUUUUUUUGAAGAAUAAUGGAUCUGUGAGCUUAUUAGAAAAAAAAAACAUUAUGAGUUUCUGAAAACCUGUUAUUCCAGAAUCAACCAACUACUAGCGAACAACGAAUGAAUAUUUCAGCCUGGGCAAAUUCCGAUGAAGAUUUUAUUGAUCCGAAUAUUCCUUCGACUUCAAACUCUUCCAAUGCUCAAAAUUCGAUUGAAAUAAAAGAUGAACAAUUUCCACGCAAUGAAACAAGAAAUGCGGACAGCCAAAAUCAGAAUAAUUCAUCGACUGGAAAUGAGGAACCAUUAUUUGGAUGGUUAGGAAGAGAUAUAGAAAAUGCAAUACUUGCAAAAAAUGCUGAAGAUAACAUUCCAUCCACCUCAAAUUCUUCAAAUCAGCAAAAUUUGAGAGAAGAUCAAGAAGAUGAAUCUGAACCUGAAUCAUAA